CAUUUGAGAAACCACAUUUUUCUUUGUUUCAUUGGAAAGCGUGUGAAAAUCUUUAAGAUUUAUAAAUAAUCUCAUUCUUAUUUCUAUUUUUCUUUUGUUUUCUUCUAAAUUCUUAAAAUAAGAAUAAAUUAACUCUGUUCAAAUUGUUAUUAUAUAAUCAUGGAGGUGAGUUAUGGUAUUGGAGUGAAGAAUAGAUAUGCUCUAUUCAUGGCUGAUGAAAAUGUCGACCCAUUGGAUUUAAUAUCUAAACCAUUGAAAAAUUUAGAUUCUUCUAAAGGUUCACCCUCAGUAAAUGAAACCAAUAAGGUUAACUCAUCUGAAUCAUUUUCUACCUCCAAUGCUCCUGUUAAAGAUAAUCAGGUUUCCCUAGCAAAAGGUAAAAGUGUUAAAAAGGUUACUUCUGAUUCCAAUGAUAACCAGGAAACCAAAGGAUCAUCUAAUGCUGCAAAAGAAAGGUCUAGUAAUACUGGUAAAGAAAGAUCUAAUAAUGCUGGUCAAAGUAGAGAUCUUGUAAAUGGUGAACGUGCUUCUGGCAAUCGUGAUCGUGAUCAAAGAAAUAGAACUGAUCGUGGUCGUGGAGGUCGUGGAGGUCGACCUGGUGGUCGAGGUGGUUUUCAAGAUGGUGGAGGACGUGAGCAUGAUGAUAAUGGUGGACGUCGAUUCAAUCGUGACCAGAAUCGAGACAAAGAGAAUCGAUCUGACUAUGAAGGACGUGGUGAAAGAAGAGAAGGCCGUGGUCGAUUUGAUUUCAAUCGUUCUGAACGAAGAAAUCGAGACGAUGGCGGCAAUCAUGCGGGUCGUGACAAUAGAGAACACAGAGAACAUAGAGAACCCAGGGAACCCAGAGAACCAAGAGAACCGAGAGAACCAAGACGUGAUUUUGUUAAAGAUUCGGCUGCUGAUUCUAGUAAAGAUGCAUGGGAAUCAAAUGAAUGGAGUACAGAUGCUUGGGGAACUACUGAAGCAUUUGGAGACUCAACUGACAAAAGACCUCGAGACCGAGAAAGUGGUGGAGAAGGCAGAGGUUCCAGAGGAAGAGGUGAAGGCCGUGGACGAGGUGGAUUCAGAGGUCGAGGACGAGGACGGGGUGGCUUUGAUAAUCGAGGUAAACGAGAAUAUGAUCGACACUCAGGGUCCGAUAAAUCAGGAAUCAAACCAACGGAAAAACGUGAAGGCGCCGGAUCAUUCAACUGGGGACCUGCUGUUGAUAAUUGGGGUCAAGAACCAGAGGCACAAACUAAUCCUGAAGAAACACAAGAAAACCAAGAAGACAAAAGUAAAAUCGGCGAUUGGAACACAGGGGGUGAUGAAGCCUCUAAGGAAGAAGUUAAAACUGACGAUGAAGCAACUAAAGUUGAAAUAAGUUACGAUGAAUGGAAAAAACAGGAAGAAGAGAAAAGAUUAGUCCCAAAAUGGAACAUUCGAAAACCAGGUGAAGGUGAGGAGAAUAAUCCUGAAUUCAAAAAAGGUUAUGUGCUCAAGAAAAAAGACGAUGACAAUGCCGAUGACGAUGAAUACGAAGAAAUUGAAGUGGAAAUAAGGCAUGGAAGAGAAAAGAAAUUGUUAGACAUUGAAAUUAAUUUCAAGGAUGAAAAUCGAGACAUGAGAAGAGGCAGAGGUCGAGGUGGUCCAAGAGGUGGAAGAGGUGGACCUGGAGGACGAGGUGGAGGCGGCGGUCGUGGUGAAAGAGAUGGUGAUCGCUCUGACCGACGCAGGGGAAGAGAAGCUUCAAAACAAUCAGCACCGAAAGUUGAUGAUAUGGAAGCUUUCCCAUCAUUAAAUGCUUAAGAAAAUUAUUCAAAUUGAUAAUUAAGCUUUCUCCUAAUUAACACACACACACCACACACAAACACACUCUCAAGUUGACACUUGAUUUUCUUCUCUAAUUUAUCCUUAGACUUUGAUUAUCGCGAUUGAUUCGGUUGUAAGAAAAGCUUUAACAUGUUUCAUAUCCAAUCGAAAACCAGCUCAAUUAAAAAAGUUAAUUGUCUCAAUUUUCA